AUGGCAGAGGACGAUAAAGCCUAUGGCGUGGCAAAGGCGAAAAGAACGCAAGCAAAAUCAGCAUGCACUCGUGGAAAGACCUUCGUAGACGAGCUGGAAGCAAGGCAGGUUUCAGUAGCUGAAUUACGACAAAGGCAAGCAAAAUUUCCAGAAUGCUGGCAGGCAUUUAAUGAGGCGCAGUCACAGAUAGAACUCAUCGAAACGUCAAGCGAACAGGUAAAGGCUCACGAGGUCGAGCGUCGAGCAUUCGAAGACAAGUAUUUCGCGGUUGCAGCUAAACUCGAAGAAAAGAUAUUAAGCAUAAGUGCAGUGCGUGAAGGCCCAAAUCCGUUUGACGCACUCGCGCGACGCAGCAAUCGUGAUAACAUUCAGCCGCCGAACAUAAACAUGCGAUUACCGCGAAUAGAUUUGCCGAUGUUUUCUGGUUCGUAUGAGGAUUGGCGUCCCUUUCGCGAUGUAUUCUAUUCAAUGAUACACGAAAACACUGCAUUACCAGCAAUUCAAAAAAUGCAUUACCUAAAAGCAUCUCUCAAGAACGAGGCCGCGGAUGUCAUUAGUUCGUUAGAGUUAUCAGACGCAAAUUACCAGGAAGCAUUGGAAAUGCUGGACGAGCGAUACGACAAUCAGCGCGUAAUCGUACAAAAGCAUAUUAAGGCCAUUUUUGAAUAUCCAGUAUUAUAUAAAGAAAAUCACAUUGAACUUCGACAGUUAUUAGAUACGGUUUUAAAACAUCUACGAGCUCUCAAGGUGCUAGAAAGGUCCACGGAUCACUGGGACGACCUUGUCGUUCAUAUUAUUACCAGCAAAUUAGCGCCGGCCACUAACAAGGAAUGGGAGACCAGCCUCAAGGAUUCGAGCAUACCGACACUCAAGGAUUUGACUGACUUUCUGUCGCAUCGAUGUCGAGCAUUGGAGGCGAUAGACAGAAAACCCCAAGGCAUAGCAUCAUCAAGGAAGAUUGAUAAGGGCGAUUCAAAGAAAUCUAUGUCAGCGAAUGCAGUAACAGACAGGCAGGCAUGCGGUCAUUGUAAAGGCGAUCAUCCCAUUUUCCGGCGUAAUAAGUUUCUCGAGCUUUCAGUUGACAAACGCAUUCAGGAAAUAAAGGGUCUCAAGCUUUGCCUUAAUUGUUUGAAACAUAGCGAUCAUCGAGCAAAGCAAUGCAACGCGGGUUUGUGCAAAAAAUGCAAUAAGAGGCACAAUACGUUGCUUCAUAUGGAGUCAAGCUUGCAACCUACGGAUACGGAAGUGAGCUCUGAGAAGACGGGCACUAGCGCUGCAUCGUCAACCACCAGCACAUAUCAUGCCACUAGAGCGGCAGGUCAUCACGUUUUGCUGUCCACGGCAGUAGUCCACGUUCAAGAUCAGAAGGGAAAUAUGCAGCCAUGUCGAGCGCUGCUUGACAACGGAUCGCAGUCGAACUUCGUAAGCACGGAGCUAGUGAAGAGGCUUGGGGUUAAACAGGUUCCCACCUGCAUCCCCAUCAAUGGCGUUGGAGGUGCGAGAUCCGAAACGCACAGUAUGGCCAAGAUAAAAUUAAAGUCGCGAUUUAAUGGGUACAAGGCGGAACUCAAUUGUUUCGUGCUGCGGAAAAUUACACAGGAUCUUCCCACGGUGUCCAUUCACAAGGCUGACAUUCGGGUUCCAGAAGGAAUCACCUUAGCAGAUCCAGAGUUUCUAGAAUCUUCUAGAAUCGACAUGAUUAUAGGAGUAGAAAUUUUCUGGAAUAUCAUGUGCGUAGGCCAAAUAAAGGCUACUGAAACACAACCGUGUUGGCAGAAGACACACUUUGGAUGGAUCGCCGCAGGCAGAGCAGUCGCCAGAGCUUCAAAUCCACAAUCAAUUACGUGCAACCACAGUACAACGGACGAAUUAAGUCAACUGAUGAGAUCGUUUUGGGAAGUCGAGCAUGGCGCGCGGAAGAAUAAGAUGUCGCUCGAUGAACGCAAAUGUGAGGAAAUGUUCGAGUCAACGGUGCAACGAAAUUCAUCGGGAAGAUUCAUCGUCAAGCUUCCCCUCAAACUGGAAGAAGUCAGUCGUCUCGGACUAUCAAGAGACAUCGCAGUACGCCGGUUCAAGCAGUUGGAGAGAAGGCUCAAUCGUGAUGCACCACUGAAGAAAGAAUAUACCAAAUUCAUGCACGAGUACGAGUCGCUGGGGCAUAUGAGAGAGCUGCAAGAUGUGGAUUUAACCCAGAUGCCUCAUUAUUAUCUGCCUCAUCACUGCGUGGUCAAGGAGGAAAAUUCUACAACCAAGAUUAGGGUGGUAUUCGACGCGUCUUGCAAAACCACGUCAGGCCUAUCCCUCAACGACGCCCUGAUGGUAGGUCCAGUACUUCAACAGGAAUUAUUUUCCAUAAUGGUGAGAUUUCGGACGUUCAAAUAUGCUCUGAUUGCCGACAUUACCAAGAUGUAUAGGCAAAUACUUGUCGACGAAGCGCAGACCCCAUUGCAGAGGAUCGUCUGGCGUGACGAACCACACGAGAAGAUGAAGGAAUUCGAAUUGACAACGCUCACUUACGGCACGGCGUCCGCCUCAUUUCUCGCAAUCAAGGCUGUUCGAACGCUCGCUGAAACGGAGGCAAGGCAUUUUUCCAUCGGAUCGCAAACCGUUCUGCGGGAUUUUUACGUGGACGACCUUAUCACGGGAGCCAACUCCAUCGAAGAGGCCUUGCAAAUCAGGGACGAAACCACGAAAUUGCUCAAGAAGGGAGGAUUUGUGCUUCAUAAGUGGGCUUCAAACGAAGCGGGGCUGCUAAAAGGCAUUCCUGAACCAUCAGCGGCAAGUUCCAUACGACCAUUAGACAAGGAAGGUGGUUUCAGGACUCUGGGGAUUCAAUGGAACCCAACCGAGGACGCGUUUCAAUACAGUGUGAUGGCAGACGUGGACAACACUCAACGCUCAACCAAGAGAGCAAUACUAUCGUGUAUUGCGCGGAUUUUUGAUCCGCUGGGAUUGCUAGGACCGGUCAUCGUGCGGGCAAAACUCUUCAUGCAACGCCUGUGGAUACUGCAAGUGGACUGGGACGAAUCUUUGCCCGCGGAUGUAUAUACGGAAUGGGUCGCCUACAAAUCUCAACUAAAACGGCUCAACGAAUUACGAAUAGCGCGCAUGGUGUUGGGCGCUCAAAUCAUCACGCGCGUCGAGCUGCACGGUUUUUGUGACGCAAGCCAGCAGGCAUACGGGGCCUGCGUGUACUUGAGGGUCACCGGUCAGGAUGGAUCGCAUCACACACGUUUAUUAUGUUCAAGGUCCAGAGUGGCGCCCAUGAAAUCGAUAUCCUUACCCAGGCUGGAGUUAUGCGGCGCUCAGCUAUUAUCACAGUUAAUUGACAAGAUACUUCCAAUUUUAGAUCUGAAGGUGCACGAGACAUAUUAUUGGACGGAUGCCACCAUUGUCUUGGAUUGGAUCCGAUCACCAAGCCGCGUGUUCAACACCUUCGUCGCCAACAGAAUUGGCGAAAUUCAAGAGCUCACACAAAUAGCGAGUUGGCGUCACGUGAGCACAAAUGAAAACCCUGCGGACAUUCUAUCUCGCGGUACCGAUCCGGAGACUUUCAGUGGGGCGACACUUUGGUGGAACGGUCCAUCUUGGAUAAACAAAGACAAAUCGCUGUGGCCGGGGAGUACACCACCUGAUGUCAACCCUGAAGAAUUACUUGAACGCCGAAAGAUAACAAUAUCGAAUGUCACUAUCCAAGAAUGUGACCUAAUUGAAGGAUUCUCAUCCUAUAUCAAGCUCGUGCGCACAAUUGCCAGAUGUCUACGAUUCAUAUAUAAUGUACGGACGGAGCCAAGUAAAAGAAGAUCCGGUCCUAUUGCGGCUCUGGAACUGGAAGAGGCACGCAAGGUUAUCGUCAGGAGGAUUCAACAAGCAGCAUUUCACAAUGAAAUAGAGGCUAUCAAGAAUCAAGCAGAUUUACCAAGAGGCAGUCGGUUGCUGGGACUGAACCCGUUCCUGGAUCAAGAGGACUUGUUGAGGGUAGGCGGUCGCUUGAGGCAUUCAGCUUUAUCAUAUGAGACCAAGCAUCAAUUAAUUCUACCGUCUCACAAUCGGUUCACUCAGUUUGUCAUUGAGCAUAAGCACGCGAGACUGCUGCACGCUGGUCCACAGGCUACAUUGGGAGCAUUAAGAUUACAGUAUUGGAUAUUAGGCGCUAGAGGAAUCAUCCGUACGAUCGUGCAUAAAUGCGUCCCCUGCUUCAAGGCUGGGCCUCGUGCAUCGCAGCAGGUCAUGGGUGACCUUCCGUCAUUCCGAGUCAAACCGUCACGACCAUUUGACAACUCGGGGGUGGACUAUUGCGGACCGAUCUUUAUACGAGAAGGAAACCGUCGCAACGCCCGGAGGUCCAAGGCCUGGAUUGCAAUCUUCGUAUGUCUGGUCACCAAGGCUGUACAUAUUGAACUGGUGACCACGUUAAGCACCGAAGGAUUCUUGAACGCAUUAAAACGAUUUAUUGGGCGGCGCGGCAAGCCGUCGAACAUGUUCUCCGACAACGGCACCAAUUUCGUGGGAGCGAACCGUGAGUUGGAAGAGCUACGCGAUCUUUUCAAUCGUGAGGAAUUUAGGCACAGCAUCGUGAACAAGAUGGCGGAAGAAGCUAUUACUUGGCAUUUCAUACCUCCCAAGGCACCGCACUUCGGCGGUCUGUGGGAGGCAGCGGUACGCUCAGCAAAACUUCAUCUCAAUAGAGUAACAUCGAGCGGAGCGUUAACAUUUGAAGAGACAGCUACCUUGCUGACACAGAUUGAAGCAAUACUAAACUCGAGACCCUUGACCCCAUUGUCCACUGAUCCUGAAGACCAAUCCUACAUAACUCCGGGCCAUUUCUUGAUUGGGGAUUCCCUCAUUUCCUAUCCGGAACCUUGUUUGCAGGAACUACCGGAGAACCGAUUAUCUAGAUGGCAGCGCGUCGAACAAAUGCGGCAGCAUUUCUGGAAAAGAUGGUCGGUUGACUACUUACAUCAGAUGCAGCAGCGGACGAAAUGGAAGGAGAGUAAGGGGAAGGCCAUUGAACCAGGUCAGAUGGUGAUUGUUCGGGAAGGCGAUCUGCCACCUCAAUCGUGGCUCAUAGGUCGCAUCGAAGCUGUACACCCAGGCACGGAUGGAGUUGUCAGAGCAGCAAGUGUCAAGACCGUUAAAGGAACUUUUAAGCGUCCGGCAAAUAAGAUUUGCGUAUUACCGAUUGAAGAAAACAUAUAA